AUGUCGGAUCAGGAAUCCAUACGUAGCUCUGAUUUGGCGGCAGCAGACUACAAGCCUGAGGUUUCUCUCGAAUCCUUGCCCUACAAAACUAUAACCUACAGUGGUGCUGGAGACGAAUAUGUCAUUAUUAACAACCAAAAAUACCUCCGUCAUGAAUUAAUGCAGGCAAUGGCUGGUACUUUCAAUCCUGGUUUGGCUCCAUACCCAAAGCAUCAAUUUGGUAAUGCUUCUGCUCUUGGAUUAUGGGGUACAGGUUUCACAGCCUUUUGUAUCGGAAUGUACUUUGCAAACGCCAUGGGUGUGACUACUCCCAAUGCUGGCGUUGGUGUAGCUCUAUUCUAUGGUGGUAUGAUCCAGUUUUUCUCUGGAGUCUGGGAGUUAGCUGGUGGUAAUACUUUUGCCGGUACUGCUUUCACUAGUUACGGUGCUUUCUGGUUGGCAUUUGGUUCUGUAUUUGUUCCUGCCUUCGGUAUUGGUGCAGCUUAUGGAGACGACCAAGUGCAAUUUUCUCGUGCUAUCGGACUUUUUCUUCUUGGUUGGGCCAUCUUCACGUUCAUGUUGUUGUUGUGUACUUUUAAGGCUACCCUUGCAUUUGUCAUAGUGGUAUUUACCUUGGACUUAACAUUAUGGACUCUUUCCUGUGGAUACAUGUUAAACAAACCUGGUGUUGUAAGAGCAGGUGGAAUCAUUGCCGUUGCCCAUGCAUUCGUGGUUUUCUACGUAGCCUUUGAUGGUACAUCCACUCCUCAAAAUAGCUACUUCAAGCUCCCGCAAGUCCCAUUGCCGGUCUAUAGUCGCAAAGCGAAGAGUUGA